AUGGGCAAGAAGCGCGUUCUCAUCUCGUACGGUGUCGAUGUGGAUGCAGUGUGCGGAUGGCUGGGCUCUUAUGGCGGAGAAGACAGUACCAACGACAUUAGUCGAGGUCUUUUCGCGGGCACAGUUGGCACGCAGCGCUUGUUGAAGCUUUUCAAGAAAUACGACAUCAAGACGACAUGGUUCAUUCCAGGCCACAGUUUGGAGACAUUUCCAGAAGACAUGGCGGCAGUUCGCGACGCCGGGCAUGAGAUAGGGUUGCAUGGCUAUAGUCACGAGAACCCAGUCGACAUGACGAUUGAACAGCAAAGAGAUGUCCUUGAUAAGACAUAUCGCAUGCUAACAGAGUUUGCUGGAAAGCCGCCAAGGGGGAGCGUUGCACCCUGGUGGGAAACGAGCCGUGAAGGGGCAGAGUUGCUACUCUCAUACGGCAUUGAGUAUGACCACAGUAUGAGCCAUCACGACUGUCAGGCAUAUUAUCUGAGGACAGGCGAUUCUUGGACCAAGAUUGACUACAAGAAGCAAGCCAAGGAGUGGAUGAAGCCGCUGGUUGCAGGUCAAGAUACUGGCCUAGUCGAGAUACCCGCCAACUGGUACCUGGAUGAUCUACCACCGCACAUGUUCAUCAAGGCCUCGGCAAAUAGCCAUGGGUUUGUCAAUGCGCGUGACACGGAAGACCUAUGGCGCGAUCAUUUCGACUAUUUUUACAGGGAAUACGAUGAAUUCAUCUUCCCUAUCACAAUCCAUCCAGAUGUAUCUGGGCGUCCACAUCUAUUGCUCAUGCAUGAGAGAUUGAUCGAGCACUUCAAGAAGCACGAAGGCGUGGAGUUUGUAACCAUGGAGGAAAUGGCAGAUGAGUUCAAGAAGAAGAACUCUCCUGCACCAGGGGCACUAAUGCCAGCUGAAGCGGGUUUGAAGUUGAAGAAGUAG